UUAAUCCGUAACCGUCCGCUCGUCAUCACGCAUCCGUCCAAAAUGCGACAGAUCGGUUCGGUUCGGUCAAUUUUGGAGGAUCGAUAUAUCCGCUGCUCAUCCUAUAAAAAACAGUUGUCUUUAAAUUUGCAAAACAUACAAUCACUCACCUUUGGUGACCAUGAAUUCAUCAUCAUCAUCAACAAUCACUCUCCGUCCGUUCCGAUUAACCGACGUAGAUGAUUUCAUACUAUGGGCCCGUGACAAUCGAGUGACUCGCUUGUUCCGAUGGAACACAAUCACCUCCAAAGAAGAAGCGUUAACUUUCAUAAGAGAAGUAUGCAUCCCUCACCGUUGGCGCCGAUCGAUCUGCAUCGACAACCGUUCGAUCGGAUUCGUAUCGAUCUUCCCUGGAUCGGGAGAUGAUCGAUGCAGGGCGGACAUAGGGUACGCCAUAGCGGCGAGCUACUGGGGGCAGGGGAUCACAACCAAGGUGGUGAAGAUGGCACUGUCUCAGGUGUUUUUGGACUUUCCUGAUAUAGUGAGGUUGCAGGCUUAUGCGGAUGUAGAGAAUAAGGGCUCUCAGAGGGUGUUGCAGAAAGCAGGGUUUAUGAAGGAGGGGCAUUUAAGGAAAUACAGCUUUCUUAUGGGUGAUCUUCAGGACUUGUUUGUCUACAGUUUUCUAUCUACUGAUUCUAUUCCUGAAGACCCUUGAGAUAUGUCUUUUGUGGAAAAUUUGAUGAAUUUCACCAAUAUUUUUCAUCAUUUAUAUAAAUAUCAUUAUUAUGUACAUCUGUUGUGGAUUUGUUUAGAAUAAUCCAGAAUUCUUGCUUUGAAAAAGAGUUGAAUUUACUCUUGAUAUGUAAAUUUUUUAUGUUUUGUGAGAAAAAUGGCAUUUGUAUAAUCUUGAAUUAAGAAAUAAAUAUAGCACGUUUCAA